AGCUCGCUUCUUACCGGGGUCUCGGUUGAGCCGUGGACGCGCCGGCUUCGAGCAUCCCUAGCCGGGCAGGUGGGAGGCCCCGGGGUUGCGGCUCCCGCGGCCGCGGCUCGGACCCGCCAGCGACAUGGCCAGCUCCGGAGAGGACAUAUCCAAUGAUGAUGAUGACAUGCACCCUGCAGCAGCUGGGAUGGCGGAUGGGGUCCACCUCCUGGGGUUCUCUGAUGAGAUCCUCCUUCAUAUCCUGAGUCACGUCCCCAGCACAGAUCUGAUUCUGAAUGUCCGGCGUACCUGUCGGAAGCUCGCAGCCCUGUGCCUUGACAAGAGCCUCAUCCACACCGUGUUGCUGCAAAAGGACUAUCAGGCGAGCGAGGACAAAGUGAGGCAGCUGGUGAAGGAGAUCGGCCGGGAGAUCCAGCAGCUGAGCAUGGCUGGCUGCUACUGGCUGCCUGGCUCCACCGUGGAACACGUGGCCCGCUGCCGCAGUCUGGUGAAGGUGAACCUCUCGGGCUGCCACCUCACCUCCCUGCGCCUCUCCAAGAUGCUCUCGGCCCUGCAGCACCUGCGCUCGCUGGCCAUCGACGUGAGCCCCGGCUUCGACGCCAGCCAGCUGAGCAGCGAGUGCAAGGCCACACUGAGCCGCGUGCGGGAGCUCAAGCAGACGCUGUUCACGCCCUCCUACGGUGUGGUGCCCUGCUGCACCAGCCUGGAGAAGCUGCUGCUCUACUUCGAGAUUCUAGACCGCACGCGCGAGGGCGCCAUCCUUUCGGGCCAGCUUAUGGUGGGCCAGAGCAACGUGCCGCACUACCAGAACCUGCGGGUCUUCUAUGCGCGCCUGGCCCCCGGCUACAUCAACCAGGAGGUGGUGCGGCUCUACUUGGCCGUGCUUAGCGACCGCACUCCUCAGAACCUCCACGCCUUCCUCAUCUCCGUCCCCGGCAGCUUCGCGGAGAGCGGCGCCACCAAGAACCUCCUGGACUCCAUGGCGCGCAACGUCGCGCUGGAUGCCCUGCAGCUGCCCAAGUCCUGGCUGAACGGCUCUUCCCUCCUGCAGCACAUGAAAUUCAACAACCCGUUCUACUUCAGUUUCAGCCGCUGCACCCUGUCAGGCGGCCAUCUGAUCCAGCAGGUCAUCAACGGCGGAAAGGACCUGCGGAGCCUGGCCAGCUUGAACCUCAGCGGCUGCGUCCACUGCCUGUCCCCAGACUCGCUGCUCCGCAAGGCGGAGGACGACAUUGAUAGCAGCAUCCUGGAGACGCUGGUGGCGUCCUGCUGCAACCUGCGCCACCUGAACCUCUCGGCUGCCCACCACCACAGCUCGGAGGGCCUGGGCCGCCACCUCUGCCAGCUCCUGGCCCGGCUGCAUCACCUGCGCUCCCUCUCCCUGCCUGUCUGCUCUGUCGCCGACUCCGCGCCGCGCGCGGACCGCGCGCCGGCCCAGCCGGCCAUGCACGCAGUACCACGCGGCUUUGGCAAGAAAGUGCGUGUGGGCGUGCAGUCCUGUCCCAGCCCCUUCUCGGGCCAGGCGGGCCCCCAGCCCUCCUCCGUGUUCUGGUCUCUUCUGAAGAACCUGCCCUUCCUGGAACACCUCGAGCUGAUCGGGUCCAACUUCUCCUCCGCCAUGCCGCGCAACGAGCCCGCCAUCCGCAACUCGCUCCCACCCUGCAGCCGCGCGCAGAGCGUCGGGGACUCAGAGGUGGCCGCCAUCGGCCAGCUGGCCUUCCUGCGGCACCUGACGCUCGCACAGCUGCCCAGCGUCCUUACGGGCUCCGGGCUGGUCAGUAUCGGCCUGCAGUGCCAGCAGUUGCGGUCCCUGUCGCUGGCCAACCUGGGCAUGAUGGGGAAGGUGGUGUACAUGCCCGCGCUCUCAGACAUGUUGAAGCACUGCAAGCGGCUGAGGGACCUCAGGCUGGAGCAGCCCUACUUCAGCGCCAAUGCUCAGUUCUUCCAGGCGCUGAGCCAGUGCCCCUCGCUGCAGCGCCUGUGCCUGGUCUCUCGCAGCGGCACCCUCCAGCCCGAUGCCGUGCUGGCCUUCAUGGCUCGCUGCCUGCACGUUGUCAUGUGCCACCUGUUCACCGGGGAGUCCCUUGCCACCUGCAAGAGCCUGCAGCAGUCGCUUCUCCGCAGCUUCCAGGCCGAGCGGCCCGCGUUAAAUGUCGUCAUCUUCCCUCUGCUCCACGAGGGCCUGACCGACGUCAUCCGGGACGUCCCCCUGGCGCACCUGGAUGAGAUCACCUUGUUUAAGAGCAGAGUGGCCGAGGAGCCGCCGAACCUGUGGUGGUGAGAGGCGGAGCUGCCGCCCAUCGGUCUCAGUCACCUCGAGACGCUGCAGGAGCCUGGGACACCAGGGACCCUUGGUUUGUCACAAGAGGAAGGGGGCCUCUCUCCUGGCCAGCCACGCCCCACCUGGCUCCUGGGGCUCCCGGCGUCUCCACGGCUCUCUCAUGGGAACUGUUGCUCUGUGAAGUUUGGGUGGGUCCAGGGGAUGCGUUCUGGGUGACAUGAGGGGGCUCGGGGGACGGUCGAUGUGGGGGGCUGGCUGAACCAGGCUGACCCUUGGGGCCUGGUUGGGGGAUUUGUGCACUGAGCCUCAAUCCCUGGGGACCCUGUCCACAGGCCUGGAGGGCCGGAACCCCCUGCCACUUCCGACCGGGAAGCGUGUCCCUUGGCUGUUGUGUUUGUGGUCACCUGCCACCGGGGCCCCGUCGAUGGGCGGCCACAUGCUGUCCCCCUGAAGUCCAGUCGGCCAGGCUGGUCACCGUGUGUCUGAGUGUCCCCUUGCAUGGUCGAGUGUGACAUGAGGAAGGGCCUGCCAGUUUAGUGGCUGCGGACUUGGGACUCUCCGUCCCAUUAGGACACACUUGAGCCCUCUCAUGUCUCUAGGGCUUUUCUAGCCAGAUAAUGCCUGUGGCCCCAGAGAGGUCCCCUGAGGUUGGGACUGCUGGUUGGAGCCUCUCCUGUGACUUUUCAGCCCAACGAGCAGGGCCCAUUUCUCACCAGAGAGGCCUCCUCCCCCUCCCACCCACCCCAUGGCCUUCAGCUUCCCUGGGAAGGUCCAUGUGCGUUCCUGGGGGAAUCAGUACACAUUUGGCUUUGUUAGAAUAGCGUGAAACAUUAAAACCCAGAAAAGAUUCUUAAGGCUGGAGUAGCAAUCACAUGACCCCAUUUCAAAUGACUUCAUUUAAGACUUUAAAAAUACUCAGCUGGGCGCGGUGGCUUACGCCUGUAAUCCCAGCACUUUGGGAGGCUGAGGUGGGUGGAUCAUGAGGUCAGGAGUUCAAGACCAGCCUGGCCAACAUGGUGAAACCCCAUCUCUACUAAAAAUACAAAAAUUAGCCGGGCAUGGUGGCAGGCACCUGUAAUCCUAGCUACUUGGGAUCCCGGCUGAGGCAGGAGAGUCGUUUGAACCUGGGAGGCGGAGGUUGCAGUGAGCUGAGAUCACACCAUUGCACUCCAGCCUGGGCGACAGGGUGAGACUCUGCCUCAAAAAAAAAAAAAAAAAAAAAAAA